GGUCUACUUUUGUAGCGCGGAGAACUUUUCCUCGUUCGCAUUGAUUUCAACCCUAAAAACAAACCCCCAAAAAGGAGUGCGCGUGAGGAGUCCGAGUUCUUACUCUUCGUGAGGAAUGUGGAGUGAGCGAAGGGUGAGUCAGGAGGAUGAAGACACUCUACGGUCGGUGACGUCGGUUUUCUUCAUAUAUAUAUAUAAACUUGGUCGUCUCGUGCAUGGAGGAAGACUUUUUGACAUGCAGCUCCGGGGUGCGCGCGCCACACUGAAGCUCUUUUAAACAAACAAAAAGGACACACACACAUAUAUAUAUAUAUUUUAUAUUUAUUUAUUUUUCUACAAAAACCAAACUAUGUUGGAGAAGUUGUCACGUCGUCUGCCCGCGGAGGGUGACCUGUUCUCCGGAAGGAGUCGUUGGACUCCGGCCGCGGUGGCCGUGGUGCUGAUGGGGGGGCUGCUGGCCUCGUCCUGCUGGGCGGAGGAGGCGUCCUGCCACGGGGCCUACGACCUGUACUUUGUCCUGGACAAGUCCGGCAGCGUCUCCUCCGACUGGGUCGAGAUCUACUCGUUCGUGAAGAACCUCACCGACAGAUUCGUGAGCCCCAGAAUGAGAGUCUCGUUCAUCGUGUUCUCGGCGCAGGCCAAAGUCCUGCUGCCUCUGACUGGAGACAGGUCUGAGAUAGAAGAAGGUCUGCAGCGUUUACGGGAGGUGAAACCAGCCGGAGAGACGUACAUGCACGAGGGCAUAAAGGAGGCCUCGGUUCAGAUCCAGAGGCAGACCACUACGACCUCCAGCAUCAUCCUGGCGCUGACGGAUGGAAAACUCGAGGUUUACAUCCACGAGCUCACGGUGAAGGAGGCUGACGAGGCGAGGAGAUUCGGCGCCCGUGUUUACUGCGUGGGCAUCAAGGACUUCGACGAGCAGCAGCUCGCCGAGAUCGCCGACACCAAGAACCAAGUGUUUCCUGUUAAAGAUGGCUUCCAUGCACUCAAAGGCAUCGUCAACUCCAUAUUAAAGAGUUCGUGCACAGAGAUCCUGAGUGUGGAGCCCUCCAGUGUCUGUGUGAACGAGUCCUUCGACAUCGUGCUCCGGGGGAACGGCUUCGCCGGCGGCCGCAGCAACGAGGGCGUCGUCUGCAGCUUCAUCGUGGACCAGCAGACCUUCAAUCGCCAGCCGAGUGUCGUGCGUAACGACUACCUGCUGUGUCCGGCGCCAAAGCUCCACGAAGUGGGACAGACGAUGGACGUCCUCAUCAGCCUGAACCACGGGAAGUCCUUCAUCUCCAGCGCCUACACCAUCAGCGCCUCCACCUGUUCUGACGGUCUGGUGGUGUUGGUGGUCUUCCUGGUGCUGCUGCUCCUGCUGGCUCUGGCCCUGGCCUGGUGGUUCUGGCCUCUGUGCUGCACCCUGGUCAUCAAAGAUCCGCCACCGCCUCCUCCACCUUCCCGUCCUCCUCCACCUGAGGCGGAGCCGCUGUCCAAGAUGAAGUGGCCGACCGUGGACGCCUCGUACUACGGAGGAAGGGGAGCAGGAGGGAUCAAACGCAUGGAGGUGCGCUGGGGUGAGAAGGGCUCGACCGAGGAGGGCGCCCGGCUGGAGAAGGCCAAGAAUGCCGUCGUGUCCGUGCCGGAGGACGCGGAGGAGCCGAUGGUCAGGCAUCCCACGCCGAAGGCCGGCCCCACCGCCGCCGACCGGAACCAGAACAAGUGGUACACGCCCAUCAAGGGUCGUCUUGACGCCGUGUGGGCACUGCUCGGGCGCCAGUACGACCGCGUUUCCAUCAUGAGACCCACGAACGCAGAAAAGGGCCGCUGCAUGAACUUCAGCCGCGUGCAGCACCAGUAGAAGAAGAGGAGGAGGAGGAGGAGCGACAUGUGAACAACAAGAAUGUCAGGUUGUUGUUGUUGUUGUUGUUUAUCUGUCCACUUAAUGCAGAGUUUCCUCUUCUGGUUUCCCCGCUCCAAAAAGAAAGAAGCACUCGUUAAAGUUAUUUACCGACUUCAUCCAGCUGGAACCAGAAAAUACAAACCAAAUACUUGCUUCUCGCGCACAGACGACUUCGCACAGACGUCUUCUUGCAGACGACUUCUCGCCCGCAGACGUCUUCUCGCCCGCAGACAUCUUCUCGAUCGCAGACGUCUUCUCGAUCGCAGACGUCUUCUCGAUCGCAGACGUCUUCUCGAUCGCAGACGUCUUCUCGAUCGCAGACGUCUUCUCGCUCGCAGACGUCUUCUCGCCCGCAGACGACUUCUCGCUCGCAGACGACUUCUCGAUCGCAGACGUCUUCUCGAUCGCACACGACUUCAAGAUCGCAGACGACUUCGCGAUCGCAGACGACUUCAAGCUCGCAUUCGACUUCGCGCUCGCAGACGUCUCCGCGCAGACGUCUUCUCGCCGUGGACGUGUGAUCCUCCCGGCGGGCGUCACAAGAGCAGAAGUCCGUCGCCUUCUGCCGUCUGUCUCAUCACGAGAUCGUCUCCUCCCGACUUCAGCGCCGCCGCCGCCGGGUACCCCCCCCCCCUUGUCAUUUUAACACUGAGAAGUGCACACGCUUGACAAACCGUGGACAGGACGCCCCCGAGGUAUCGACAGAGGAGACUUUACUGCCCCAUAGUUUCGUUGUUUCAUCCUUUCUCCCUCCGCCCUCCUUCCUCAUUGCUUUGCAUUAUGCGCCCGGGACCAGAGAAAUUAAUAGAGCGUUAUUGGACCCGGGCCCGGUUUGAGGGAUGGAUGCCUCCCAGAGCUUGACACGGUGUCUCCGUCUGCUGCCUGCUCAGCAAGGCGUAGCGCGUCGACAGGCCCAUCACUUCAGGUUUUAAAGAAACAGGCUCCGCCUCCACGCCGAGGGCCCGCGUCGCUACUCGCUACUUCAUUCUCCAAGUUUAAUUAAAAUAAUUAAAGGCAACAGCGAGCAGCAGCCUGUGAAGACUCGACUUGUCUUUUUUUUAAUGCCUUUUUGACAUUGAAUGACCUACUACUGCGGAGCACACACACACACACACACACACACACACACACACACACAGGAUGCCGCCGCGGUGGCCGUGCACGUCCGAAACACAAACCCAAAGUAACGGAUGCGAUGAACGGAUAAGUAUUGUUCAUUUCCAGAAAUUAUGUCCACACCCACAGCUCCUUAAUCCCCCCCCCCCUCCCCACGCCAACACACCAAAAAGCAGGGCGUGUCUAUAUAUAAUAUAUAUAUAUAUGUACAUUAGAUAUUGUAUAUUGUGUAUUUCUCAGGCGUGCGGUCAUGACGCCGAUCCAAAAGGAUGAAAUAUUAAUGAAACCCACUGUGGGGGGGGGGGGGAGGGGGGGCAGCAGCUGAAGAAAAAGGCUGGACCUGAUCCAGUCACUUUGGAUCCGGGCCUCAGACUCUGAUUGGCUAUCGGAGUCGAGACCUGACAACGAGCGGCCGCGUUGACGGGGAGCCGUAUAGACAAUGACCAGUGGCUGGGUCAGUGGGACGUCUGCGGCGCGGCGGGGGCGCUUAUCACAUGACACGGGGGAUAACUUCUGCAACCAUCACGUUUGGGGGGGGGGGUGCAAGGGGGAUUAAAAUGGCGGCGGUGGCAUCGACGGCGGUCUAAUUAUUCCUUUGUUUCUUCGUCGCAGCGACGUGAAUGGAAGCCACGCCCCCUCGGGGUGCGGCGUGUUCACGCCGUGUUUUUCGCCGUUCUGACGUUUGAAUGUUGUAGGACGCUUUUGUGGAGGGAAACAUUUGAAGCACUUUUUAUUAUUUUUAUAUAAUCUCACAGGAGCAUGAAUGUUUAUUGUUCACCAGAUUUAAUGUUAUAUAUAUAUAUAUAUAUAUAUCCUCACAACACGUCAUCACGCAGCGUCUAUUGUUUUAUUAAAAGGUCGUUGUUCAAUUUAUCUGCUUUUUUUCCGCUGUUGCUUUUGACAAGAAAAAAAAAGUCUGUAUUUCUUUGUAUUUCUGCACUUUUUAUAAAUGUAGUUUAUUUUGUUGUUGGUUUUUCACAAUUUACUAAAAUCAGUUUUUCAAUGUAUUUUUACAAUUGUUGAUAUUUUUCAUUUAAUUUCUGUUUGUUUCACAUUUUGUGUUGAAUUAAAUGUUUUAAUUUUUUAUUGAAGUUGCAGGAAUUGUAAUUUAUCAUUGUACAGUUUUUAUACCCACGCAGCACCUUUAGGUCCAGGUCCAGGUCCCAGAACCUUUAGUUCCAGGUCCAUGUCCCAGAACAUUUAGGUCCAGGUCCUAUGAGACUCACAUCAUGUGAGACUUGCAACCCCAUAAAACCAAAACAACGAGUUCGACACUGUUUUUAAUGUUUUAUUUUCAGUGUGUUGAAAAUACAUUUGAUGAAAAGAGAACGUUGUUAUCUUGUUGUUGUUUUUCUAUUCUUUUUUAACACGUGUGUGUGUGUGGGGGGGGGGGGGGGACAUGCUGAAGGCCAUGUUUAAUUGGGCCCUCGCAGAUUUAUAGGGCCCGACAGGGAACCUGAUUAUACAGUGUGUGUGUGUGUGAUUGUUUUUGAGUGUGUGUGUGUGGACAGAAGAGUGGACAGUAUGCAGCCUCUCCCCCCGUGAAGUGAGUCACUGGAGGCACCACACACAAACACACACUCUCAAUAACUUUCACACACACACACACACAUUCACACACACUCUCAAAAACCCUCCGAGGUCUUCACCGCCCCAAAAAUGAGGUCUCACAUUGAGUAAAAAUAUGCACUCCUACACCUUCUGCUUUAUCCGUGUGUGUGUGUGUGUGUGUUGGCCUCUCCUCCAUGCUGGAAGUGAGAGAUGUCUCCUCGAUCGAGGUCAUAUGAAUCAUACGUUCCUGUAUUAACUCUCCUCUUGAUCUCAUUUGUUGACUCUAAAAGUCUCAGUCAAUAAAUCAACAAAUCAAUAAAUCAACACAUCCUGAA